UGCCCGUCACACGCAGGAGGUGGGGCUUCUGCGGAGGGGAGCUAGGGAACGAAUGCGUGGGGAGGUGGCGAGGGUGGAUUCCCCUUGCACGCGGCUAACUCGUGUCGCCCCCGGCUGGGAGGGGAUAUAGCAGCCUCUCCCAUUGACCCCUUCCCCACUCAGCAAAAGGCCCCUGAUCUGUUGGGAAGGGUCGGUGGGAGCGGGCUGGAGAGCGAGACUGCUUCUCCCAAGGCCUGGGUCUGGCUGGGACUGCGGGACUGCCCCACGUCGGAGCAACUCUGGGAGCUCCCCUCACCUUGGCCACACUCUUACCCCAGCUGACACUCCUGCAUAAUUCAGGGGUGAGAGUUAUAAGGAGCCCAGUGGAUGCAGACACAUAGUAGGUGCACGUGCUUGCCUGACACACAGCAUCUGUGGCUUCAGACCCAGAGCCCUGGGGAGCAGGGUUGUCUACCCCACUUGGGCAGGCCCCCACCAUGGAGCCAGGCAGCAUGGAGAACCUGGCCAUCCUGUACCAGAGCUGUGACUUCCUGGUGGUGAACAAGCACUGGGAUGUGCGCAUCGACAGCAAGACUUGGAGGGAGACCCUGACCCUCCAGAAGCAACUGCGGCACCACUUCCCUGAGCUGGCUGACCCGGACACCUACUAUGGGUUCAGGUUCUGCCACCAGCUGGACUUCUCCACCAGUGGAGCACUCUGUGUGGCCCUAAACAAGGCAGCUGCAGGCAGUGCUUACAAGUGCUUCAAGGAACGGCGUGUCACCAAGGCUUACCUGGCUCUGGUUCGAGGGCACGUCCAGGAGACCCGGAUGACCAUCAGCUAUGCCAUCGGCAAGAACAGUACAGAGGGUCGGGCCCACACCAUGUGCAUCGAGGGCACCCAGGGCUGUGAGAACCCGAAACCAAGCCUCACGGAGCUGGUGGUUCUAGAACACGGGCUCUAUGCAGGUGACCCCGUCUCCAAAGUGCUGCUGCAGCCCCUCACGGGCCGAACACACCAGCUGCGUGUGCACUGCAGUGCCCUCGGCCACCCCAUUGUGGGGGACCUAACCUACGGGCAGGCCUCGGGCCGGGAAGACCAACCGUUCCGCAUGAUGUUGCACGCCUUCUACCUGCGGAUCCCCACGCAGGCCGAGUGCGUGGAAGCCUGUACGCCGGACCCCUUCGUGCCCACCCUUGAUGCCUGCUGGAGCCCCCACACCCUGGUACAGCCACUGGACCAUCUUGUCCAGGUCCUGCGAGCUGCCCAUGACCCUAAACCCACAGAAGGGGACCCGGGGCCCUGCAGUACUUCCACGCACCUGCCUGGGCCAGGCCGGCCCCCACCACCCCCUGCCAGUGCCGCUGAGACAGAGACUCAGCGGGCCUCAUAUCUUCAGUGGCUGUCAGAGUGGACACUGGAGCCGGACAACUGAGAGUGUGGGCCUAGUGUUGGGGUGCAGACUGGAACCUCCAGGUGGAUAGGGGCUGCGGGUCAAAACCCUAAGCCCAUCCUAAGGAGGAGGUGUCCCAGCCGCAGAGGACUGAAGCUCCACCCCAACUGUAGCAACCAAACCUGAAGAGGGACCAGUGGCCAGCAGGGGGAGCCAGGCAGCCAUGGUUAAGGAGGAUGAAGGGCUCAGGUGGUGGGACCAGCCCCACCCCCGGGAAAGCAAGGCCUGCCUAUCCUCCCAGAGCACCUUUCUCAAUCCAGAGCUUCACGCCCAGGGCCCAUUUUGUAGACUUGCCCAGGGGUUGCCCUGGAAAAGGACCUGGGCCAGCCCUUGCUUGGGUGGGCUCCUCCUGGGCACCUAGUCUAUCCCCCAGAGCGCCCUGCUCCUUACUCUGCUUGGACUUUCUGUGCCAUCACCCCAGCUUGGCUGAGCCCUCCUGCAAAUCCUGACUGGUCCCCCACCUCGCCAGUCCUGCCUUGUGCCUUGGCUUCUGCAGAACUUUGCCCAUGGGUCUCCUGCCUCCACCCACAUCCUACUCAUCACACAAGGGGGUGGGCCUGGGCCGUUUUUUCUGGCCUGACAUAAGUGCUGCUCUGUGGGGUCCUCCCCACACAGCCACAGGUUGUCAGACCUUAGCCUAGGAGCGAGGGCAGCCCGGCUCCUGCCGCCUCUUCCCCUACAGCACUCCUACAUCAUUCCAGCUGCAAUUGGGCUCCAGGAUUUAGAAUAAAGGCUCAGUGAUUAACCCUGU